AUGCUCUCCAACAUCGCCCUCCUCGCUCUUCCGCUCGCCGUAAAGGCAGUCAUGAUCGGCCCCACCGCCGACUUGCACAUCGUAAACGGCGUCGUCGCACCGGACGGCUUCUCGCGGAACGCUGUGCUUGCGAAUGGGCUGCUGCCCGGGCCGACGCUCAAGGCCACCAAGGGCCAGACUUACAAUCUGAACGUCAUCGACCAGCUCACCGACGCGAGCAUGCUCAAGUCCACGAGCAUUCAUUGGCAUGGCUUCUUCCAGGACAACGGCUUCUCGUGGGCCGAUGGCCCGUCUUUCGUCACUCAGUGCCCGAUCACGACGAACCACUCCUUCUUGUACUCGUUUCCCACCGCCAAUCAGGCCGGUACCUUCUGGUACCACAGCCAUCUGGCCCGCCAGUACUGCGACGGGUUGCGUGGUGUAAUGGUCGUCUACGACCCGUUCGAUCCCCACCGUCUGUUGUAUGAUGUUGACAACGACGAUACUAUCAUCACUUUGAUCGACUGGUAUCAUGAUCCCGCCCCGGCGCUCGCCGUUCCUCCGACUCUGAUUUCAACCCUGAUCAACGGUCUGGGGCGCUAUGCCGGCGGACCCACAUCCCAAUUAGCAGUUAUCACCGUCAAGAAGAACGUGCGCUACCGCUUCCGCCUCGCCUCGCUGUCGUGCGAUCCCAACUGGGUCUUCUCGAUCGACAGCCACACGAUGAAGGUCAUCGAAGUCGACAGCGUCAAUCACUUCCCAUACACCGUCGACUCUAUCCAGAUCUACGCGGGUCAGCGCUACUCUUUCGUUUUGAAGGCCGACCAGCCCGUGAACAACUACUGGAUCCGCGCCCAGCCAAACGCUGGCACUCUCGGCUUCGCCAACGGCAUCAACAGCGCGAUCCUCCGAUAUGUCGGCGCGCCAGUCGCUGAUCCGGCCGUGCCGGCGACUCCGCCAACCAGCGUCACGCCGCUCGUGGAGCAGAACCUGCACCCGCUCAGCGUUAUCCCACUAGUUCCCGGCUUGCCAUUCCCCGGCGGCGCUGAUGUCAAGAUCAACCUCCAGAUCGCGCUCGACUUCACGACCUUCCAGUUCACCGUCAACGGCGCUAGCUUCACACCCCCGACCGCACCGGUGCUUCUUCAAAUCUUGAGCGGCGCACAAACCGCGACCUCCCUGCUCCCGCCAGGCUCGGUGUACGUCCUCCCGCCAAACAAGGUCGUCGAGGUGUCGAUCCCCGGCGGGUCUAUCGGCGCGCCGCACCCGAUCCAUUUGCACGGACACAACUUCCACGUGAUCCGCAGUGCCGGGAGCUCGACGUACAACUUCAUCAAUCCUCCCAUUCGCGAUGUCGUCAACACCGGUCUGGACGUCACCGACAACGUGACGUUCCGGUUCGUUACCGACAACGCGGGCCCGUGGUUCUUGCACUGCCACAUCGACUUCCAUCUUGACAUUGGCCUUGCCGUCGUGUUUGCCGAAGACACCCCCCACAUCACCACGACACAGCCGCCAGCGUGGAACGCCCUUUGCCCCGCGUACGACGCGCUCGCGCCCGGCGACAAGUAA